ACUUUGUGUUGAUAUCUACUAAACGCGCGCCCAUUCUUGUUAUUUGUUAGCAAAAGCUAUAUUUCCCAUUAAAAACUUUUCAUUUCCGAUACCUACAUGCUCUCAAAAUGCCUAAGGCAAUGCGUGAAAUUUUUCAAAAUGGGAAUUCUUACGACGAAACGGACCGAAUGCCAGAUAACAUAACAAUAACCAAUCUCGAUAUUAUUAUGUACGUUGUGGCGAUCGUUGGGCACUUAGUAGACUUGGGAGUGGAUAUAAAUGUAGCUGUACAGUAUUCCCUGGCCGGCCAUAUGAUGGAAUUCGGAUGGACGCUCGCUUUUAUACUUUUACCAGCGUUUGUGAAUACGGCAGUAUCAAUACGCAUGUAUGCUCAAGACAAGCAGCAAGACUCCAUUAGCAACGAGGUGACGAAGCGUCACUGGCUACGAAUCUUCAUUCUGGUCCUACAGAUGGCGCCUAUUCUCAGAUUCAUUGAUGCUUUAGUCUACGCCAUAAAGUCCCGCAAAGCGGAGAGGAAACGGGACCACGCCUCCCAGCGUCACUACUACAAGCUGAUGUUGAAAGAGGACGCCGAUGCAGCCCUACUGAGGAUCUUCGAGUGCUUUCUUGAAGCCGCGCCGCAGCAGGUGCUCCAAACGAGUCUACUGUUCGCUAUGGCCAACCAGUUCAGAGUGCACCAAAUCCUGUCCAUCUGUUCAUCCAUCAUCGGCAUGGGCUGGUGCCUGGCCGCGUACCAGCGCGCCGUGCGCUUCGCCCAACAAGACAAGGACAACAUGAGCUGGACCGGCUCCAUACUGCAGACACUCUGGCAUUUCCUGGUCACACUGAGCAGAGUCAUGUCAAUAUCAAUGAUCGCAUACCUCUUCCCCUAUUGGACGAUCCUCGCCUGCGCCAUCCACAUCCUAAUCAUGGCCACGUGGCUCCAACUCUUCGACCGGUCGCCAUUUUGUGCGCACAACAAAAUGGCGGAACUGUCAUUCUCACUCGCUUUAGCCGCUGUGUAUCUUUUCACUUACAUUCUACCGAUUGAAGGUAAGACUAGAUAUAGAUACGCUGUUUAUUAUGCUGUAUGUUUUAUACAGAAUGUUGUUUGUGGUAUACUUUGGUUUUUGUACACGUCCGAUGCUAUGAGAGAUUCGGUAAUGUAUUUACCUGCGUUAAUUCUUACUAUAGUGCCAUAUGUGAUUGGUUUAAUUUUGAUGGUGGUGUAUUAUUCUUUCUUCCAUCCUAAAAUAAGACGGGAAAGUAAAGAUAUUAAUGUGACUUUUAAAGUUAAUGAAGAGUUGUCUGAAAUUAGUUAGCACUUGUGAGAUUUUUUGUGCAUUGGCAUAUAAUGUUUUAAAGUAAUAAUUAAUUCAGUACAAACAUUACCAUACCAUUAUGAAAUGGAAUAAGUACAGAAUGAGCAGAUAAGCUAAACAAUAUAGCUUUUAAAUGGAUCAACAUUUAUUCUCUUCAAACUGUGUUGCCUAGUUUUGUCCCUAUCAUUAUGGGCUCGAAAAAAUGAGACGAAUGCCUAUGUCGUCGAUAAACAAUAUAAAUAAAAAUAAAUAUUAUAGGGACAUUCUUACACAAAUUGACUAAGCCCCACGGUAAGCUCAAGAAGGCUUGUGUUGUGGGUACUCAGACAACGAUAUAUAUAAUAUAUAAAUACUUAAAUACAUAGAAAACAACCAUGACUCAGGAACAAAUAUCUGUAUCAUCAUACAAAUAAAUGCCCUUACCGGGAUUCGAACCUGGGACCAUCGGCUUCAUAGGCAGGGUCACUACCCACUAGGCCAGACCGGUCGUCACCCAC